GAAAUAAACAAUGAUUUAGAAGGUAUGAAAAAAAGAGACAUAAAUUAAAAAUUUAAAAUAAAUUAAAAUAAAAUAAAUACAUGAUUAUUAAUUGUGAAAAUAAUUAUGAAGAUAUGGCUAAAUAAAUUAUCAUCAUCAUCUUGUAAAGGGCAUGAAGAAAUAGAUGAUAAAGAUGAAAUAUCCUCCAUUGAUGAAAGCACAUAUAGUUUCUCAAGAGGUCUUCUUCCUUCCCUUGGUGCAUGUAGCAAUCGUCGUAUGGUUGCUCGCCCAUAUAUUAUCUCCCCUUUAAGCUCUCGCUAUAGAACAUGGGAGGGUUUUCUGAUCAUAUUGGUGGUGUAUAAUGCAUGGGUGUCACCAUUCGAAUUUGGAUUUCUUGAACGCCCAUUCAAAGUGCUAGCUGUUAUUGAUAAUGUUGUUAAUGGUUUUUUCGCCAUUGAUAUAAUAUUGACAUUCUUUCUUGCUUAUCUUGAUCCGAAAACAUACGUACUUAUUGAUGAGCGUGAUAAGAUUGCUAGGAGGUAUGUCCUUAGUUGGUUUGCUUUCGAUGUUGUAUCCACUAUUCCUUCUGAACUUGCUACUAAGAUUCUCCCCACUUCUCUCAAACCAUAUGGACUCUUCAAUAUGUUACGUCUUUGGCGUCUUCGUAGAGUCAGCAAGAUGUUCUCUAGAUUAGAGAAAGCUCCAAAUAUCAAUUAUUUUUGGAUACGAUGCUUGAAGUUAGUUUCCGUUACUCUAUUUGCGGUGCAUACGGCUGCAUGCUUUUUCUAUAACAUUGCUGUUCAUCAUCCUGAUUCAAAAAAUAUUUGGUUAACACUUGUGACGGAUGAUUACUUAAAGGAGAAUUUGUUGGUUCGUUACGUGGCAUCGGUGUAUUGGUCGAUCUCCACACUUUCAACAACGGGUUAUGGUGAUUUGCAUCCAGUUAAUACGACUGAGAUGAUAUUUGAUAUUUUCUAUAUGCUCUUUAAUCUUGGAUUGUGUGCAUACAUUAUUGGAAAUAUGACUAAUUUGGUGGUUGAUGCGACAAGCCGAACUAGAAAAUUUAGGGAAACACUACAAGCUGCUUCAAGUUUUGCGGUGAGGAACGGGCUACCUGCUCACUUACAAGAACAAAUGGUGGCCCACUUACGUUUGAAAUAUAGAGCUAAUUCAGAAGGUUUGCAACAUCAAGAGAUUCUUGAAUCUCUUCCCAAUGCAAUUAAGUCAAGUAUCUCACAUUACCUCUUCUAUCCUCUACUUGAAAAAGUCUAUCUUUUUCACGGUGUGUCCGAUGACCUGCUUUUUCAGUUGGUUUUAGAGAUGAAAGCUGAAUAUUUCCCUCCAAAAGAAAAUGUGAUUUUGCAGAAUGAGGCUCCGACUGAUUUAUAUGUACUGGUCUCUGGUGCCAUGGAAUUUAUCUACCAACAAAAUGGAUCUGAACAGAUUAUUGAAGAUUUAUACUCGGGAGGUGUGUGCGGGGAGUUAGGAGUUCUUUGUUAUAGACCACAACUCUUUACAGUUCGUACAAAGAGAUUGAGUCAACUUCUGCGUUUGAAUCGUACUUCUCUUUUGAGUCUUGUCCAAGCAAAUGUUGGGGAUGGAGCUAUCAUCAUGAACAAUCUCCUCGAGCAUCUAAAAGAGCAAAAAGCCCCAAUGAUGCAAUCUUUUUUAAAAGAAAUAGAGAACAUGUUGGCUCAUGGAAGAAUGGAAUUGCCUCUAAGUUUAUGUUUUGCUGCAACAAGAGGAGAUGAACCAUUGUUACAACAUUUGCUUAGAAGAGGUUCUAAUCCAAACGAGGUCGACAUAAACGGGCGCACUGCGCUGCACAUUGCAGCUGCCAAGGGAAAUGAAAAGUGUGCUCUUGUUCUCCUUGCAUAUGGAGCAGAUCCAAACAUAAAAGACACAGAAGGAAUUGUUCCACUUUGGGAUGCAAUUGUAGCGAAGCAAGAGGCUGUGAUCAAGCUUCUAGUGGACCAAGGUGCUACUCUAGCAUCAGGUGAUGUACCUCAGUAUGCAUGUCAUGCAGUAGAACAAGAUAACCUUGAGUUGUUAAAGGAUGUUGUUCGAUAUGGUGGAAAUGUUACUUUGCCUGGUACCAGUGCUGAUACUACCGCACUUCAUGCAGCUGUAACUAAUGGCAAUCCUGAAAUAGUUAAAUUCCUUUUAAAGCAAGGUGCAGAUAUUGACAAGUCAGAUAUACAUGGAUGGACACCUAGGAAUUUGGCUGAUCAUUAUGGGAAUGAAGAGAUUAAAGCAUUAUUUGAUCAUUUUAAAGAAGGUGCUAAAGUUCAAUCAGUUGUUAUGGUUCCUUAUCCUGAAGUUGCCAGUCCUACUUUCUUAAAGAAGGUUAAGACUGGGGAUACCAUGGAUGUUACUCCUCGUACUCGUGAAGUCACUUGGGCUGAUAAGCAUCCUCGACGUCGAGUUAACACGUUUCGAAAUUCACUGUUUGGGUUCGUGUCUGCAGCAGCAACUAGAGGUGAUGCAGCCCCUGAUGGGCAUAGUUUCACAAACUCUCCAUUUUUUGUGCAUCAUCCAACUAGAGUGAUACUAAGAUGCCCUGGUAAAGGUGAUCCAGCAAAGCUUGUCAGUUUGCCUGAUACCAUCCCAGAACUACUCGAAAUCGGCACCCAAAAGUUUGGACGACGUUGUACAAGAGUGAUGACUUCAGAUGGAGCUGAAAUUGAUGAAAUAGAGCUUAUAAGAGAUGGUGAUCAACUUUGCCUCAUAUGUGAAGACACCCAUAGUACGCCUCAAAGCUAGAACUUCUUGGUUUUGGUUCAAGAAUGUGUAGACAACCAUAUGAUAUCUGACAGCAAUCUAAGAUUUGGAAGAGCUCUGUAAGAGAAUUUUAAAUAAACAAUGGAGUGAGGUGACUGGUAUAUUUCAUUAUAUGAUGAUCAUGUAUUCAUAUUCGUACCGCUUCAAUAAAUUGAUGACCUAAGAAGUAUGAUUUUGAUCAAGAGUCUACGAUAUGAUUUUUUAACUAGUAAGCUGUACAUUGAUUAUUCUUUCAAUUCUUUAAUUGUGCUACAUUGUGGUUAAAAAAGCUCUCUGCUUAGAAAACCACAAUACUAUAGCAAACUCUAAAAGAACAUAAGAGUUUAUCAUAAUGUAGAGUAAUUAGGAAAAACCUCUUCAUGUAAUAUUUAGUUUGUAUGUCUAGAAAUAGUGUAUCAUAACAUAGUUUACAAAUUACAAGGCAAGGGUUAGAAAUUAUAGAAAUACUAUUCUAAUUAUUGAAUUGUCUCUUUGCUAUUUUAAUAAUUUUUUUAUUUACA